AUGGUUUUUCAAGUGGACCACGUUCCUCCAAGAGGAAGCUAUAAUAGCUACCCGAGGUCAUCUUAUUCGAAGCCUAAUUUACACCACGGAAUAACACAAGACGGUAUAAUUAGAAGUACUUCGAGUGCAAGAAUGAGUAUCGAAUGGCGGAAGAUUUUUCGCGGAAAAUCUUUGACGGAUGACGUUUUGAUGAUAAUAUUUGUUGUUGAGGAAGAGGCAAUGAUUCAAGUUAGGAGAAUGAAUGAGAUGGAAAUUGUUAGGAGAAGAAGUGCUAUGAGGAGGAGGAAAAAGCUUGGUCCAAGUCCUUUGAGUAGAAUGGUGUUGGUUGAGGAGGGGGAUAUUAAGCAUAUAUUAUAUGAGAGGUGA